GUCAGCGCACAGUAAUUAUAAACAAACGCGCCUAUUUACACACGCUUUCGGGUGACUAGCAGAAUCGUCUGAAUAUGUAACGCCCUAAAAUGCAUUUGUAUGACACAUUCAAAGCUUGUCGGUGUUUCUUUGUUAUUAAUAUGGCGACGCAUGCUAACAGCUAGCUGAGGUCCCAUUGAAAUAAAUGAGAGAUGAGGCUAAGCAUUGAUUAGCCUGCUGAGACUGAUGUAAACAACCUGUCUAGUGAUGAUACAGUCCUGGUGUCGCUGGAAAUACACAGGUGGCAGACUGAAGCUGUGAAUAUGAGUGAUGGUAAACCGUUUCUCUGCACUGCUCCUGGCUGCGGACAGCGAUUCACAAAUGAAGACCACCUGGCGGUGCAUAAACACAAGCAUGAGAUGACCCUGAGAUUUGGUCCAGCACGCAAUGACAGUGUCAUCAUCGCUGACCAGACACCGACACCGACCCGCUUCCUGAAGAACUGCGAGGAGGUCGGGCUGUUUAACGAGCUCACCAGCCCGUUCGAGCAUGACUUUAAAAAGGCCACAGAGGAUGACAUUAAAAAGUUGCCUCUGGACUUGUCUCCUCUUGCGACUCCUGUUGUUCGAAACAAAAUAGAGGAGCACACACCCAUCGAGUCCCACCGAGACAGCCCCCUUCCCCACCCUGAGUCGACCACCACUGACGACAAGGAGGUUUCUUUGCAGCCGACCUCUCUGCCUCCAUCCACUAUAGUCCGUCCUGCCUCCCUCCAAGUCCCCAAUGUACUACUGGCCAGCAAUGAGGCUUGUGUUGUUAUUCAGCGAGCUCUCCCAUCGCCAACAUCUAGCUCUGUUAUAACCCAGGUCCCAUCCUCUAGUAGACCGAUAGUUCCGGUGUCCGGCACGUUUCCGGUUCUGCUGCAGCUGCCUAACGGUCAGACGAUGCCAGUCGCCAUUCCAGCCACCAUCGCCAGCUCCAGCGUGCACAUACCCACUGCCAUUCCUCUUGUCAGACCAGUCACCUUAGUGCCUAGUGUCCCUGGAAUCCCUGGCCCCUCCUCUCCACGGCCUGUCCAAUCAGAAGCCAAGAUGAAGCUGAAGGCGGCCCUCAGUCAGCAGAUCCCUCAGGUAACCAACGGCGAUGCAGGUGACAUCCAGAGCAGCUCGACCAGUGAGACUCCGCCCCCGGCCCCGCCUCCAGCUGAGGAGCCACGCCCACAGUCUCUACAGCAGCCGGCUACAUCCACUACAGAAACGCCUGUGUCUCCGGCCCAGCUCACCUCCAGCAAAGGUGGGCGGCGGCGGAGAACCACCAGCGAGGACCCAGACGAGAAGAGGCAGAAGUUUCUGGAAAGGAACAGAGCGGCUGCGUCUCGCUGCAGGCAGAAGAGGAAAGUCUGGGUGCAGAAUCUGGAGAAGAAAGCGGAAGACUUGAGCAGCAUGAACGGACAGCUACAGAAUGAGGUGACUCUUCUGCGCAGCGAGGUGGCCCAGCUGAAGCAGCUUUUACUGGCUCACAAAGAAUGUCCCGUGACGCUCCUGCAGAAGAAAUCAGGAUACCACCGUGAGUGACCU